AGAAAAAAAAGCAGAUUUGCAAGCCGACAACAAAUUCGAAACGGUGCAGCCAAAGUGGAACAUGAUCAAAGCUCAUGAUUAUAUAUAACUCAUGAUCAAAUUCAUCCCCAAUUCUCACUCAAUUCUUGCUUCCAGGUUACAUUUUACUCAGCGUACCCUUAAAAUGGCCCGUUCUGCGUUAGAUGAAAUGUCGGAAUCUGGUGCAUUUAUUAGAAGCCCUUCAACGUUUCGUAGUUUCAUUUCACGAGAUCCAAACUCCACUUUUCCAGCUGAGCCUGGAAGAUAUCAUUUAUACGUGUCUUAUGCAUGCCCUUGGGCCUCUAGGUGCCUCGCCUACUUAAAGAUCAAAGGACUCGACAAGGCCAUCGAUUUCACGUCAGUAAAACCCAUAUGGGAGAGAACGAAGGAAAACGAUGAGCACAUGGGAUGGGUCUUCCCCGACACCGAAACCGAGCAACCAGGGGCCGCUCCGGAUCAUCUUAACGGAGCAAAAACCAUAAGAGCAUUAUACGAGCUUGCCAGUGAAAACUACUCUGGGAAAUACACUGUUCCCGUUCUGUGGGAUAAGAAGCUAAAGACUAUUGUGAACAAUGAGAGUGAAGAGAUCAUUCGCAUGUUGAAUACCGAAUUCAAUGAAAUAGCAAAGAAUCCAUCCUUGGAUCUUUACCCUUCUCAUUUACAAACCCAGAUUAAUGAAUUAAACGCCUGGAUUUACAGCGGGAUAAACAACGGUGUUUACAAAUGCGGAUUUGCUAAGAAGCAAGGGCCUUAUGAGGAGGCUGCUAAACAGUUGUAUGAAGCUCUUGACAAAUGUGAAGAAAUACUUGGAAAACAGCGAUACAUAUGUGGGGACACUUUAACCGAGGCAGAUGUUCGGCUGUUUGUCACCCUCAUUAGGUUUGACGAGGUUUACGCAGUUCACUUUAAAUGCAACAAGAAACUGCUACGCGAGUAUCCGAAUCUGUUCAACUACACAAAGGACUUGUUCCAAAUCCCAGGUAUGAGUAGCACAGUUAACAUGGAACAUAUCAAGAAACAUUACUAUGGAAGCCAUCCUAUGAUUAACCCGUACGGAAUCAUCCCUUUGGGCCCGAAUAUCGACUAUCUUGCGCCUCAUGAUAGAGACCGAUUUGCUAGUUAAUUACAGUAUAUCACAUGUAUUGUUACGUACCCGAGCUCCCUUUGUUACAAUAACUGUUAUCUUUGUUGCAAAACUUGUUUUUUUAUUAUACGCGUGUUGUGUCUUUUUUGUCAAAAUAAGUUUGUAACUAGUUCGGGGAAGUUUGUUGAUUGUGCAAUGUUUGUGUGUGUUUCUUAAAA